CACAUGAUUGGAUGAUGGAAGCUUUAGGAGGCCAAACUCUGGCCAGUGUGAGUAGAAAAUGUCCCAGCGUCAGUCUGCAUAAACACUAUUCCUCCUGUUAAAAACCAAUGGUGGAGCAGUGUCCCAUUCUUGGCUUUAGCAGGAGGAAUCGUGAACCACGGUAACAAUUAGAGGCAUAGUGCCCCAUUGUUGGUGUCAGUGGGAGAAAUGGUGCCCCAUUGUUGUUGUGUCAGUGGGAGAAAUGGUGCCCCAUUGUUGGUGUCAGUGGGAGAAAUGGUGCCCCAUUGUUGGUGUCAGUGGGAGAAAUGGUACCCCCAUUGUUGGUGUCAGUGGGAGAAAUGGUGCCCCAUUGUUGGUGUCAGUGGGAGAAAUGGUACCCCAUUGUUGGUGUCAGUGGGAGGAAUGGUGCCCCAUUGUUGGUGUCAGUGGGAGAAAUGGUGCCCCAUUAUUGGUCUUAGCAGGAAGAAUAGUGAACCAUGGUUGGUAUCAAUUGGAGGCAUAGUGCCCCAUUGAUGGUGUCAGUGGGAGAAAUGG